AUGUCUAAUAGUGAAUUCAAAGCACGUGCACUUUAUGAUUUCGUUGCUGAAGGUCCGAAUGAACUUAGUUUUAAUGCAAAUGAUAUUCUUACAAUAACAUCUAACACUGCUGGCCAUGGGUGGUGGUAUGCAAAAAAUUCGGCUGGACAAGUUGGUGUUAUUCCAGAAAAUUAUGUUCAAGCUUUAGCUGAUCCGCCAGAGCCUAAUGAACCACCACCACCACCACCAUUAUUUACAUUUUCAAACCCAAAUAAUACUUAUCUGAAUAAAGAUCUUUUUAAUCCCAAUAACAAUGUAUCUAAACCAGCAAUACCACCAAGUCAUCCACCACCAUAUGAUCCACCGCAAUACAUGAAUCCGACAACGAUUAAUAGUUGGCAACCGGUAGAGCCAUCGGCAUGGCCAUCAUCGCCAUCACCAGUACAGCCCACUCAAGUAAACGAAGACAACUUAACUAAUUUUAUUCAAUCUUUAAAAUUUCCUACAGAAAUCGAGAAAACGUCCGUCAAUGCUAAAGUUGUAGCAACUAAUUCAUAUGAUGAAUAUAUCAAAGUCAUAGAUGUCAUAAAUGUUUCAUCAGAAUUUGAUUUUCUUCCCAUUACAAAUUCAGAUUCAAAUUCAUUACUCAAAGAUUCAUUAAAUGAGCGACCAGAUGACUGGUAUGGUAAUCUUCCAAUUACUCCGGCUCCUAUUUUAUUAAAAACAAAUCAACCAUCUUCAUUUACUUUUCCAAAUAUUUCAUCAUCUACACAACAACAGACGACAAAGUCAAAUGAUAGUUUCAUUCCGGUACCAUCAUCAUCAGCUGAAUCAAUUUAUGAUUCAAUAGAUAAUGUCCAAAUAUUACUAGCUUAUCCUAUCAAUAAACAGACAAAAGCACAAUCAAUGCCUCUACUCUCGUCAUCAUCAUCUAUGGAUUAUUUUUCUUCUAUUGAUACGAAUCUAAAGUCCGCAACAUUAGUAUCACGUCAAUCGACAAGAAGAGAUACUGAUUCUGAUGAUAGUUUUAGUGAUUCUGAAUAUCCACAACAAUCAUCACAAACUAUGAAUUCAUCUACAUUAACACCAAACUCAACACUCCAAAAUAAUAAUAGAACUUCAAUGCCUAAUAGUGAAGCUAAUAGAACUACACCACGAGCUCGAUUUUUUGAUAAACAUGGUUUAGAUAGUUAUUUAUUAAAUGGAUCUAAAGCAAAAUGUGAUGAUCAUGUUGAAAUAAGUUUCAAUGAAAGAGAAGGUGGUGUUUAUUGGUCACCUAAUCCUGGUUUACCACCAUUUAGUUGUAGAGUUGAAGAUCCAGCAAAAGGAACUAAAUUAGGAGGAUUAAAAGCUUUUACAGAAUAUAAAAUACACCCACAAAUUUCAGGAGGUCGAUACGUUAGUAGACGUUAUAAACAAUUUGAUUGGUUGCAUGAACAACUUGUUAAUAAAUUUCGUUUUAUUUGUAUACCACCAUUACCUGGAAAACAAAUAGCUGGACGAUUUGAACACGAAUUUGUUGAAGAACGUCGACGACUACUUGAAUUAUGGCUUAAUCGUAUAUGCCGUCAUCCAGUACUUUGUGCUUCAUAUGCUGUUCAACAUUUUAUUACAUGUGAAACUAGUGACAAGAAUAAAAAAGAUUGGAAAGGAGGAAAACGAAAAGUUGAAAAAGAUGACUUACGUGAAGCAUCAUGGCUUUCAUGUGUUACUUUAACAAGUACAGGAUUAUCUGAAUCAGAAAUUGCAUCACAAAUUGAAACAUUUGCGCAACAACAACCAGGUCUUGAAUCACAAUUAAAAUAUCUCUGUCAAGGUGUAAUGAAAUAUCUUGAAAGACAUACGGAAGUUUAUGAACGUGAUAUUCAACGAAUAAGUGAAUUAUUUUCGAGAGUUCAUCAAGCUGUUGUAGUAGAUACUACUACACCUGGUAAUAAAGACCUUUCAAAUUCGAUAUCGAAAAUUAGUGGAUCAUAUGGUGGUAUAGCUGACUUAUAUAAAACUAAAGCAAGUGAAGGUUUACGAGAUUUUAAUGAACGUAUUCAAGAAUAUAUUGGAAUUCUUGCUUGUUUCCCGUCGAUAUUAAGUAUUCAACGAAGUGCAGCGGAUUUUAUAAAAACUGUCUCACAACGUGCACCACCAGAUUUCUCCAAUGCUAUUCAUCGUGGUCAUGUACUUAAUCAUGUUGUAUUAGCUGAAAUAAAUUUUUUUCAAAGAGAAAAAGUUACUGAUCUUAAAGCAUAUAUGAAAACACUUGUUGAUGAACAAAUUCAAUUUUAUGAAAAAGUAUCUGCUGCAUUACUUGAUGCAUCAAUAACAUUUAAAUAA